AUCUAGCUUAACGCAGCUCAUUAACAGCUGCCUGGUUGCUAGACGACUCUAUCUGCAACACUGAUGUGAAAACAGCAACCCCCCCCUUCUCCGUGGAAAGAAAACAACAUUUUAACGGGGUUUUUUUUCGGAAGCUAUGGUCAACAGUGUCUUUCUUUUUUAAAACGUGGAGAAGCCGCUUGUGUUGUGGGGCGGAAAUACGAGUGGUGUGGCACACAGCUAGCGUCUCUUUUGUAGCCCCAUGUUUUUGUUUUUCACCAAGUAACGUUAGGAAGAAAAAAGAGGGGGCAACCUGAAGUGCGCUGUGUGAAAAGAAAAAUGAGAGGAUUAAACACGGACAAAGUCAAGUUUUCCAACUUAACGUAACAUUUGCUUGCCAGCUAUGUUUAGUUCAGCGGCUAAGAUGUCUCUGGAGGCGAGUGAUGUUCAAACUGAUGAAGACUAUGAAGAGCUGGUUGAGGAUGGCUUCUCUUUCUCUGCCGAUAUUCUGGAAAAGAGUACAAGGAGAAAGAGACCUGGCAAACCUCCUCCCUCUCCAAGGUCUCCAUACCUCUCCAGUAUGAAUGUGAACCCCAGAAGAGUAGCAGUGGCAGCCUGGAGACUUCCAAGGGCCUCCCUGGGGGACACCAGAGGGGACACACCUGGGGAGAGUGGUUCAGCUCGCCUCACAUCCCUCAGUAACGGCCAUGAUGCAUCCCAGACGCUGAGAUCAGAGUACGAUGUCACACCAGAGCUUCUUAAACAGACCUUGAGCAUGAAGAAACACAAACAUCUCAACUCUGGAUCCAAUGGGUUCACCUUCAGCACAGGUGACUGCAAAGGAAAGGAGGACAUGUAUGAUGAGAUCAUUCGCCUCAAGAAGAGUCUCCAGGCGCAGAAGUCUGACAACCAGCAAAUGAAAGCCAAACUACGCCGCCUGGAGGAAGAUAAUGCUAAAAGAGAGAAACAGAUAGAAGAACUGUUGGAUCCCACUAAAGGAUCUGAAUAUACUCGUAGUUUGGUGGAUAAGAAAAAAGAAGGGAGUGUGGUCCUCAAUGGGUUGAAACAAAGAAUCCUGAAGCUGGAGCAGCAGUGUAGAGAGAAAGAAAAUGCCUUAAGUAAACUACAAAGUGAGCUGAGAACCACCAACCUGGAGGAGCUGAAGAUCACAGUAGAAACCUACUUUGAUGAGAUCCAGAGGCUGAGGAUGCUUCUAGAAGCUGCAGAGAAAAGUAGCCGAGCAGAGAGUAAAUGCUCCCAGAGACAGCAGAAAGCUUUAAACUCUGUGGUUCAUCGUCUUUCUGAGAACCUGAAGCAGGUCCAACAGGAGAAUACAGCGCUCAGAGAGGAGCUCAACACUGACAGUCCUGCAGGAGGAAUCAAAGGUUACAGAGAGUGGAGUAAACAGAGACUGUUGAGAAGGCUGUUGGAGGUGGAGAAGAGGCUGGAGGGCAGCAGAAAACACACCCAGUCAGCAAAGAGCGGUGGACGGUUGGAUCGGGAGGUCCAGGCCACUCCCACCGAGAUUCUGGGCUUUACCAUGGCAACAGAGGCAGUGGUCUCUGUGGGAACAGUCACUGAGGAAGGGGAGGAGGUUUCUGAUCUGAGAGAACGCCUCAGCCAAUUGGAGAAGGAGAGGGCGGAGCUUGAAGAGACUCUGUCAAGUAAAGAUUAUGAGUUGAGACAGUUGAGGACAGAAAGAGAAGAACUGGAGAAAGAGACAGAACGGUGGAGAACUGAGCAGACAACAGUAUGGGAAAAGGAGAGAGAGCAGCAUAAACAGGAGUUGGACCAGUUGUGGAUGAGGAUCCAAACUCUGGAAGAUGGAAGUAAACCGGCACCAGCUGAGCUCUGCUCUCUCUCUGGAACAUCACCAGAGGACAAGGACAGUCAGACUGGAGCAUGUCUAGAAGAGGGAGGAGAGAGGGACGCUGGAGGUAAAGAACAGAGGGAGGGGGAAGGAGAUGAAGAGUUGGGUACAGAUGCUGAGCAGAAGGAAGAAGAGAAAGCAGCAUUGGUCAUCCAGACAAACUGGAGGGAGCACAGAAAUAGGGACAUUGUGAUGUUGCAGUCAGCAUUAAGGGGCCACCUCCUCAGACAAUCACAGCUCAAGGACCUGCUGAAAGACACACAGAAUAAGGCUGUAGAAGCGACAACCCGCAGUGAUGUUGUGUCCUCUGUAGACGGGGAGGUGGAUGUGGUUGCCUUGACGAUGGUACAGUCUGCAUUCAGGGGACACCUGGCUCGCUGUAGUCUUGCAAUAGAGAGCUCAGGGUUCUCUGCGCCUUCUCUAAUGGCAAACAAUUUGCCCAUGCUGGUACCAAGAAGAGCUCGCUCAACACACACACCCAGCAGAACAGGUGCUGCAUCCUUCCAUAAAGAUGAUGAAAAGCAGGGUGAAGAAGAAGAACCCUGGCUCACCUCUAACACUCACUCCUCCAGGAUGACACCCAUAACAGACCAAACAGAGCUUCAUUGCACAGCUGAGUCUGGUGGCACCGCUGCAGUUGAUUCGGAUGACUCUGAUGACAUAAUCGUGUCUCCAUCCCGUCCUCUAAGAAGCAGAGAAGUCUUAAUCUUAUAGACCUUCUGGGUUGUGUGUGUGUGUGUGUGUGUGUGUGUGUGUGUGUGUGUGUGUGUGUGUGUGUGUGCUGUGUAAGUGUGAGGGAAGAAUUUCUGCCUGUGUUUCUACUCAGAGCCUGUAUGUCAGAGACUUGCACAGUCAUACGUACCAAAUCAUUAUGGUUUGGGUUCUUACUGAACCUGCAAAUGAUAGCUGGGAUAUUCCAGUAUUCGUCAGGAUAACAUUGAACAUACACAAUAUUUGCUGUCUGCUGAAUUGUCGCCUGUAUAAGCGCAUUUUGUUUCUACAGUAAUAACCAGAAUAUUCUGGCAAGUUGGGUGCAGGGUAUUUUAUGACAGGAAGUUAAGAGGCACAUAAACACCUCACUUUGAUCAUGCUCUUAUUUAGGAUAAUGUCAAAAUACAAUAUGUAGAUGCAGUGACGUAUUGACACGAGACUAUAGGAUAUUCUCUUUCAGCGUAGAAGAAAGCACUCACUCAAACAUGAAAUGGACAUCGCCUUUAAUUCUAAGCUAUUAUUCUUGUGGUUUAUCAUUUCAGCCAAAUUUGAAUUAGUCCUAUGUUUUCUCAAUGAUUGUUUUGUUUGCCAAAGUGCCUACUGCAUGAAUAUUCAAAUUAAAAUUGUUAAUAAAUGUAUUCAUUUCUCUUAACCCAACUGGCCCAAGUGAGCCACAUCACUAUAAAUUCCUCUGGACUUCACAGGCUUGAAAUGAUUAAUGAAAUAUAUUUCUACACGACUGAUUUGUAACACUUAAAUGUCAUUACACUUAAUUUUGUCAUGUGUGCUUAAAUGAUGGCUGAUUCCGAGAUAUGAUUCUCAACCGAUGCACUAUUGAGUUAAACUGUGAAUAAAUUAUAGAUCAGUAUGCUGCAAUACUAAAACACACGGUCAGAACAGUGGAGGAUACACAGGGAGUAUGUCUAAUGCCAAUAAUGUUUGUGCUCUGAACCAGACAAAUGAUAACCCAGAGGGAGGUCAAUAAAGAGAAUGGACGAGAGCAGUUUUCUCCACAUGAUGUGUGUAACUUAAUUUCUGAGACAUUCAAUAAAAUGCUGUUUUUAUAAUAAAACCUCUUGUGUCUGUUAAGAAAAGCGAUGGUGGAUAUGUAUAUUUACUAUACAGUGUACAAUUCUGAGGAACAUUUCCAAGGUUCAUUUAUCCUUUAUACUUCACUACACUAACGCUUCAGAAGGAAUUAUUGUACUUUUUUACUCUACACGUAUUGACAGCUAUAGUUACUAGCUCCUCUUUAGAUUAUAAACGUUAGGUAAAUCAUAAACCUAUGAAAAACAGUACACUGUUGAAGAUUAAACAAGCUGUUUCCAACAUUUACAUAUACUCCAAGCAACAUCAACCCUAGUGUUAAUAGUGCACACCAUAAUAACUUAUUUUAUCUAUUUAUUUAACAGAAUACGGUGAUAAUAUAAAAACACAUUCACAUUAAAUCCUAAAGAUAGAAGCAAAUACCCAUAAUGGUGUGGGAGCAUCCAGGUUUUCGUGAUGAACUGCGCAUGCGUACAGGUGAACAUGUUAAACUUCUGGCAUCCAGCUUUAAGUGAAAGGUGUCUCCAUCUUAUAUAUAUAUAUAUAUAUAUACUGUCAAUGGUCUCCACUGAAAAAUUCUAAUUCUUUUUUCUUUAAAAAUGCCAAGCGGAACAAAACAAACCAACAAUUCCACCGUCGGAACUUAACAGUGUAACACGUCGAUCGGAAGUAAACAGCCGCCAUUCGCGUUACCCGCAUGGAUUCAUUCAGUUCACACAAAGUGGUUUUCGUCCAUCAGUAGAACUUCUUUGUAAGUCAACAACAAUGUAUUCAGUCGAGCGUUUCAGAGGGUUUGUCAACGAGCGACUCGCCGCUGCUGUGGAGGAAAUAAUGGGAGUGUUUAAAAGAACAGUGUCAGAGUACGAGGAGGAGAUCAGCCGGCAGAACAGACUGCUGCACAUAGCCUGGAAACCCGAAAUAAAGAUACACAGGAUAGAGCUCCCACAGCAACAUGUCUAUGAGGAGGAGGAGGAGGAGGAGGAGGAGAAGGUUCAGCUCUGUCACCAAGAGAGGAGCUCCAGUCUGGACCCAGAGCCUCCACAGUUUAAAGAGGAGCAGGAGGAGCUCGUACUGAAGCAGGAGACUGAUACCUUUAUGUUGACUGCUACUUAUGAAGAAGAUGAUCAGACUUUGUGCCUGCGUCCCGGUGAAACUGUGUGUGCAACCGAGAAGGAGUCCGUAGUCGUCACAUCACUAAGAAGCAGCUCCGUGGUAUCCGAAGGAAAAAGUGACUCUUGUGUAGCUGAGAGACGAAAUCAGAAAGGGGGCAAGCGUGGAGAUUCAGGAUCGACUAGACACGGGGAACCAAAAGCAAAGAAAAAACGUAACAAAACAAGAAGUCACACUAACAAUGUAAAUAACUCUCAAUGUAAUAUCCACACAGGUAAAAAGCCCAUAGUAUGCGACACGUGUGGGAGAACUUUUAUGUUUAAGUCCCAAUGGUACAUACACCAGAGAAUCCACACAGGUGAGAAGCCAUAUUCCUGCAGCUUCUGUGGCCGAGGAUUCAGUCAGAAGAACUCACUGAACACUCACAGGAGAAUGCACACAGGUGAGAAGCCAUAUUCCUGCAAAAUCUGUGGGAGAACCUUCAGUGAUCCAUCAGGCGUGAGUUAUCAUAAUAAACUGCACGCAGGGGAGAGGCCAUAUGCGUGCAAAGUGUGCGGGAGUGCUUUCAUAAGUCGCUCGGACAUGGUGAUCCACCUUAGAGUACACACGGGUGAGAGGCCGUACAUUUGCAACAUAUGCGGGAAAAGUUACGCCCGGAAGCCGUGCUUGAAAAGGCACAGCAGAACUCAUGCGGGGGAAAUGCAGCAGGUUUAAUAGUGACUUGACAGUCUGAUGUGUCUCGAUUGGGAAAGCAUGUAAGGUCACGUACGAGCAAGUAGCUUUGUUCUUUUGUGCGAGACCAUUCAGUUAUAGUGGUUCGAUAGUCAAAACACAGAAGAAACCGCAUAAUUGAGCAGUUGUGGGAACUUGGGAGUUUUACUCAAAUCACAAACCUGAAAGCAGGAUCAAUACACACAGCAGAGAAACCUUGAGCUUAAGUGUCCAUCCAUUCAUUAUCGCGGCGGCAGGUCGUGCCAGACGUAUCCAGACGACCUUUCCCAGGCCAGAUGAGAUGUAUGAUCCUUCCAGCGGGUUCCGGGUGUCCUCCCAGUUGGACAUGCCUGGACCAACCUCCUAUGGAAGGCACCCAGGAGGCAUCCUGAUCAGAUGGUGGAACCACCUCAGCUGGACCUCAGUUCCUUCUGGCUACGUUCAGGCUUCAGGCCAAAGCGAGCCGAAUCUGGAUCACAUGUUUUCAUUAUAGUAUGAACAGCAUAAAUCACAUGGGAUCUGAUGUUUUCAAUUCAGAUUCAGGCCACUUUCAUACGUGAUCCAAGUCAAAAUACAGAUCUGAUUUCUUUUACAGUGGGACCUCAGUGUGAACAGACAUAUCAGAACUCAUGUAACUUAUUGACUGACAUUCAUCAUGCGGCCCACUUCGGGACACUGAAAUCUGAUAUUGGCCACAUUUAAAAAGCAAAGCGAACAACCAAUCUGAGCAAUAAAUCUGAGUUGAGUGUUGAGGCUUGCAGUUUGAACAGAGCCUUUGAUGCGGAGAAGCAGCAGCUCCCUCCGGAUGUCCGAGCUCCUCACCCUGAGCCCGGCUGCCCUAUGGAGCAAAGAUGAGAUGUCAAUAUUUUGAUGUAAAGAUAUCCUUCAUAUAACUAUAACAAUAAUAAGUUAACAAUAACUGUUAACUUAUAUAUUCUUGUGCUCUAUGAACCUCCUAGAACCCUUAGUACAUCUGGGACUAGCUUACUGAUUUGUUCCAAGAACCAAAUAUGGUGAAACAUCAUUCUGUGAUCAUGCAACACAAGUAAACUCUGUCCACUUUAAAGUCAAAGCUAAAACAAAUGUCCUAUUUAACACUGCUUAUUCUAGCCAGUAAUGGCAAAAAAACUAGCUUAGUUUAGCUUGUAAGCAGCCUUAAUGUGUGUUACAUAAAUUAGUUUUAAAUAAAAAAAUUUUAAUUGUGCCUCUAAAUGUGGGAAUAUUUAGUUUUUGUAUUUUCAACAGAUUAAAACUUCACUUGUUCUUCAAAUUGGAAAUCUUUUCUCUUUGCUGUACUUUUAUUACCCUGUAAAAGCUAAUUGAAUUGCCCUGUUGUAUGAAAUGAGGUAAACAAAUAAAGUUGCCUUGCCCAUUA